AUGGACCCCAACUACAUCCCCGCCCUCACACAGCUCCUCGAGGCCACCAUCGCCCCGGACACAGCCCUCAUCAAGGCCGCCACCACCCAGCUCAACACCCAGUUCUACAAGGACCCCGCCUGUAUCCCCGCCCUCUAUGAGAUCUCAUGCACCAACGAGAACCCUUCCAUCCGGCAAUUGGCCGCCGUCGAGCUGCGAAAGAGAAUAUCAAGUCGAGAUGGCAAGAUGUGGAAGAAGAACCCCGAGCAGCUGAGACAGCAGAUCAAGGACAGCUUGCUCCAGCGACUGACGGGUGAAACUUCCCCCAUCGUCAGACAUUCCCAGGCCCAGGCUGUCGCUGCCAUCGCGGAUCUCGAGCUUGCCACCCAGCCGUCCCAAUGGCCCACCCUCAUGCCCGGUCUCUACCAGGCCGCCCGCUCCUCUGACAAGACUCACCGAGAAACGGCCAUCUACGUCCUGUUCUCUAUCCUCGACACCGUUGCCGAAAACUUCCAGGACCACCUUGCCAGUCUGUUUGAAACCUUUUCCGUCUCUCUCGUCGACCCCGAAUCUGCCGAAGUUCGAGUCACCACCCUGCGAGCUCUCGCCAAGGUGGCCGAGUACAUCGAGGUCGAGGACAAGCAUGACAUCAAGGCCUUCCAGGACUUGAUCGUCCCCAUGCUCAAGGUUCUGGAGAAGGCCAUCCAGGACGGCGACGACGAGGGUGUCAAGCACGGUUACGAUGCUUUCGAGACCUUCCUCAUCCUCGAGGCUCCCCUUGUCAGCAAGCACGUUGGUGACCUUGUACAGUUCUUCCUCGGCGUCGCCGGCAACAAGGACGUCGAAGACGAGAUGAGGUGUGGUGCCCUCAACGUCCUUUCUUGGGUCAUUCGAUACAAGAAGAGCAAGGUUCAGGCUCUCGGUCUUGCCACGCCCAUCAUCGAGGCUCUUUUGCCUGUCGGCACUGAGGACGAUCCCGAGGACGUCGACGAGGACUCUCCUUCUCGUCUCGCGUUCCGUACUCUUGACACCCUCGCCCAGGUUCUUCCUCCUCAACAGGUCUUCCCAGUCCUCACCCAGCAGCUCCAAGUCUACAUGGCUGGUGACGCCAGUAUGCGCAAGUCUGCUCUCAUGGCCUUUGGUGUCUCUGUCGAGGGCUGCAGCGAGUACAUUCGACCUCACGUCGACCAAUUGUGGCCCGUGAUUGAGAGUGGUUUGCAAGACCCCGAGGUCAUCGUCCGAAAGGCCGCUUGUAUCGCUCUCGGGUGUCUCUGUGAAUGGCUCGCUGAAGAGUGCGCUACUAGGCACUCUGUCAUCGUCCCCAUCCUUUUCAACCUCAUAGUUGAGCCUGCCACCCAGAAGAACGCCUGUACCUGUCUCGACUCUUACCUUGAAAUCCUUGGUGACGACAUUGUAAAUUACCUCACUCUUCUCAUGGAGCGACUCCUCGUCCUCCUCGAGAACGGCAUCAUUGCCGUCAAGAUCACCGUCACUGGUGCCAUCGGUUCUGCUGCUCAUGCUGCCAAGGAGAAGUUUGUGCCCUACUUUGACCAAACUAUCCAGCGUUUGGUGCCCUUCCUGGAGCUCCAGGAGUCUGACGAACAGAGCGACCUCCGUGGUGUUGCUACCGAUACCAUCGGUACCAUCGCUGACGCUGUGGGCGCCGAUGUCUUCCGCCCCUACUUCCAGCCCCUCAUGAAGGCCUCCUUCGAGGCCCUUACCAUGGACAACUCUCGUCUCAGGGAGUCUUCAUUCAUCUUCUUUGGUAUCAUGGCUCAGGUCUUCACCAACGACUUUGCCCAGUACCUCCCUCAGUGUGUUCCUGCUCUGAUCGCUUCCUGCCAACAGAGCGAGACGGCUGAGGAGCUUGACGAGGAUGGUUCCAACCCUGCCCAGCUGAUCGAUGCCUUCAACGCUGCUGCUAGCGGAAGCAAGGGUGACAGCACCUGGGAAGACGAAGAUGACGAGACUGACAUCAACGAACUCGACGACAUGUUCUCCAAGGUCAACAGUGCCGUCGCUAUCGAAAAGGAGGUCGCUUCCGACACCAUCGGAGAGCUUUUCUCCGCUACCAAGGCUGCCUUCAUGCCUUACGUCGAGGAGACUGUUCAGGUCUUGCUCGAUUUGCUCGACCACUACUAUGAAGGCAUCAGGAAGUCUGCCGUCGGAGCUUUGUUCCAGUUCGUCAAGACCAUGUACGAGCUCUCCGAUGCUCCCGAGUGGACUCCCGGAGCCAAGGUUGCCGUGCCCCUUCACGACCACGUCAAGAGCAUUGCCCAGCUCGUCCUCCCCAAGAUCUUUGAGACUUGGAAGACUGAAGAUGACCAGUCUGUCGUCAUCUUUAUGUGUGCCGAGCUCGCGGACACGAUGAACAAGUGCGGUCCCGCCAUCAUUGAGGGCUACCUCGAUGAGGUUGCCACUUUCGCUAUCGAGAUCCUUGAGAAGAAGUCUCUCUGUCAACAGGACCCUGAUGGAGACGAUGAGAACUCGGCCGACGCCGACUCUUCCGAGUACGAGGCUGCCCUCGUCUCCAACGCCGCCGAUGUCUUUGGUGCGCUUGCCACUGUCCUCGGACCCGAUUUCCAACAGGCUUUCGGCCAAGUCUUGCCUUUGAUUGCCAAGUACACCGAGCCCAAGAGGACAAAUACCGAGAGGUCCAUGGCCAUCGGCAGUCUCGGCGAGAUUAUUGUCGGCUUGAAGGGCGGUGUGACCCAGUUCACCGAGCCCUUGUUCCAGGUCAUCUCUCGAGGGAUCAUCGACGAGGACCCCGAUGUGCGCUCCAAUGCUGCUUUCGCAUCCGGUGUCCUUAUCGAACACUCUGAAGCCGAUCUCUCCAGUCACUACAGUGCUCUUCUUCAGGCUCUCCAGCCUCUGUUCACCCCUCCUGAGCACGCUCCCCCAGCGCUCUACAACGCCCGAGACAAUGCUGCCGGUGCUGUUGCCCGCAUGAUUAGCAAGAACGCCGCCGCUCUUCCCUUGGGUGACGUCGUUGGCGCUAUCGCGUCCGUUCUCCCCUUGAGAUUUGACCCUCUUGAGAACGGCCCCGUCUUCCGAGCGCUCUUCCAGGUCUACCGAACCCAGCCUCAGCUCAUCACUGCCCACAUCGACACUUUCCUCCAGGCCUUUGCCUACAUCCUCCUCGACCCCAACCACGUCGACGACACUACCGACGAGGUCAAGGCCGAGCUUGGUGCUUUGGUCGAGCACUUGAAGAGCCAGGUGCCCGACAAGGUCGCUGCUGCUGGCUUCCCUUAA